AUGACAGGUGUCCCGUUACCAGCAUUGUUUCAUGGGAAGGAAAACGAGAAUGCGCAGAACUUUCUACAGAGCACAGAAGCAUACUUUCUGGUCAACCAGAUCGUAGACGAGGCUAUCAAAGUCGCAUUAUUCGCUGCGCUGAUCUCAGCAGGAUCACAAGCAGACCAUUGGUGGACGAACCUUGAUGCACAACACAAGACCACAUGGACAGCCAUCAGAACAGCCUUUGAGACAAAAUGGCCAGCAAUAGCAGUAGCAGGAAAGACCCAACUGGAGUAUCAGAGAGAGUUAUUAGCAUUACGGUUGAGAGACGAAGAUGUAGGAGAAUGCAUCACCUUAGCCGAAAUCACCACCUGGUCCCAUAUCCACUUCCAUAAUCAGCUCACAAUUCCGAGAUGCACUCCUCGAGUCCUGCGAGACCUUACAACGCCUGCGCCACCAGACUGGAACAUGUUCUUGACGGAAAUAGCAAACGUCAAUGUAGACAUUCUGCAAGACAAGGCCAAACGAGCAAAGGAGAGAAAGGAGGUAGAAAGGCAGCAGAACGCACGUAUCGCUCGUCUAGAGAGCAACCGGAAUGACCCAGUAGAAGUCCUACAGCUGCAAAUGCAGCAAGCAACACUCGAAACGAACGGCCCUACAAGAGCAAUGGGAUUAGCAGCACCACAGACCAGAAUGACAACAGGAAACCCUACCUCACAGCAAGCACAGGUCGCUAGAAGACAAGUACGCUACACAGCGGCCAACCAAACUCAGACGGGACAAUGA